AUGGUGUUGUGGUUGGGGUGCGUGUGUGCGCACGCGCAGUACCAGGAGGAGCGUGCGCCCCGGUAUAUCGCGUCCGAACCAAAGGUCACCUCUACACCUGUGCCUAUACUGAAACAAAUUAAUAGAGAGCUACAAAUAACACCAAACAAGAUUCUAACCUGCGUCUCUUGCAUCACCUAGUCUGGUAACCGUGCCGCAGAAUUUUAAAUCAAAAUUAACAUAUUCUUUGAGCAAAUAAGCUUAUUGAAAGCAUUUUUGAAUUGUCCAACAUUAUUUACAUAUAUAAUAUUCAGAGUCUUUUGGCUGAUAAGAUUUUUUUUAUUAAACUACGUGUUUGGUAAAUGGUAAAUGUUGAAAUUCAUUGCUGAAAUUUUGCUAAUUGUGGUAGCCUGAAAUGCAGCCGUGAGUGUACGUAUUUAUAUCUAUAUUUAUAUAUGUGAACGUAUCGUUUGAAGGCACAAUGAAGAUGGCUCCUACACGUACGGAUACGAGGCGGCCGACGGCUCCUUCAAGAUCGAAACUAAAUCCCCUACAGGGGAAGUGAAGGGCAAAUACGGGUACAAAGACGACACCGGUAAGUCACAGGGCGGCCGUUCGCAAUACCGUGCUCCGGAACCCCAGUCCAUAGACUACGACUACGAGGACCCCGCUCCCGCGCCGCCACCCCCGCCGCGCCCCGCGCCCCGCCCCACCCCCGCCCCGUACCGCGCGCCGCCGCCACCGCCGCCGCCGCGCCCGCAGCCGCCACCGCAGCCGCAAUACCGGCCACAGCCGCAGCAGCAACAGUACCGACCGCAGCCACAACCGCAGCAACAGUACAGACCGCAGCCACAACACUCCGCGCCGACACCGCCUAAACCAUCUUUCUUUGCUGGCGCGGCGCCCGCCCCUGUUGAAGAUGACCGCUCCAAUUUCUUCAAUCCAGCACCCCAGCAGCGGCAGUUCAACCAAGAUUUCAGACCUGCACCACAAUUCCAAAAACCACAGAUAGAAUACUCCCAGGACUUCGCCCCGGCACCCCAGCCUAGAUUCAAUCAAAACCAGAGGAGUCAGUCCUUCUCCAUGUUAGAUCAGCUUCUAAAAGAGUUUGCUCUACCGCAAGGUGGCGCGGCACCUCUCCACGACAUCACCUUCGGAUCCUAUUAG